AGACCAGGACCCACAGAGACCCUUGACUGGGCCACAGGCAUGAACUAAGAGUGCCAAAGACCCAGGAGAACCACAGGUCAGGUCGUCACCCAACCCCACAGGGAGUAAGAGGGAGCUGCAGGCAGAGCAGGCUGAAAGUCCACCAAGGGCUGAGGCCACAAGGCCUCUGAGGCAGCCACAGUUUUCAUGAUCACACCGCACAGGACUGAGAAGCAGAUAACAAGAGUGACGUGCGCAGGGCUAGGCUGACGCUAACAGGAGGCAGUGUGUGGCUCGAAGAUUCUUGAAUCCAAAGCAGCAGCCGCGGCCACCCCAUCCUGCCCACAGCUCCAGCCCUGAAAGGACGAGGAGACUUGACUGUACCUCUUGCCCAAGGGACCAUGCCCAGGUGCCGGUGGCUCUCCCUGCUCCUCCUCACCAUUCCCCUGGCCCUGGUGGCCAGGAAAGAUUCAAACAAGAAUGAGAUGGUGGUGUUGAGGAAAUUAAAACCCGUCAAUGCCUCAAAUGCCAACGUAAAGCAGUGUCUGUGGUUUGCCAUGCAAGAAUACAACGAAGAGAGCGAGGACAAGUAUGUGUUCCUGGUGGUCAAGACGCUACAAGCCCAGCUGCAGGUCACAAAUUGUCUGGAAUACCUUAUUGAUGUAGAAAUUGCCCGCAGCGAUUGCAGAAAGCCUUUCAGCACUAAUGAAAUCUGUGCCAUUCAAGAAAACCCCAAGCUGAAAAAGAAAUUAAGCUGCAGCUUUUUGGUAGGAGCACUUCCCUGGAAUGGCGAAUUUACUGUGAUGGAGAAAAAGUGUGAAGAUGCCUAAUGGUGUUUUGGGGCAUCCGUCCAACCUCCGCGACUACUUGAUCCAUGAAAAUAAAACAGUGGCAGGUGGGAGGCUGUUCCUAAUGUGCUUUCUUCAUGCA